ACAGCCGUGUAGUACAUGAUAGUGGUGGUGGUGUUGUGCUGUGUAGAGACUUUAGAAUGGAUGCUAGAGCUCAUUUCGCUUUCUGUGAGAAGUUUAGAUUAGGCUAGCUGCUGUGUUAGCACAUAGCACUUGUCACAGUUCACACUCAUAUCAGUACCCCAUAUACAGUGUAGUUUCACCCAUUGUGUUCAUUUUACUGUGACCAGUUAGGAAUAUCUACGUUUUGAACCACUGACUGCUUUGCGUUGAACUGUUCACCUCCACCACACAGCAGACACUAGCUAAAACUGUUAGUAACAGCAAAGCACUUAAAAUAAGGUGUUCGCCAUGGGACGCACCAGCCUGGAUAAGAUCAUUGCACUGCAGAGAAACCCUGCCAACAUCAGAAACCUGUGCAUUCUGGCACACGUUGAUCAUGGUAAAACGACUCUGGCUGACCGCUUAGUGGCAAGUAAUGGUAUCAUAUCCAGUCGCUUGGCUGGGAAGCUGAGGUAUCUGGACAGCAGAGAGGAUGAACAGAUCAGAGGAAUCACCAUGAAAUCCAGUGCCAUCUCUCUGCACUUCGCAAAUGGAGACCAGGAGUACUUACUGAACCUGAUCGACUCCCCUGGUCACGUUGACUUCUCCUCAGAGGUUUCCACUGCUGUCAGGUUAUGUGACGGUGCCAUUGUAGUUGUUGAUGCUGUGGAGGGAGUGUGUCCACAGACCCAGGCUGUGCUGCGUCAGGCGUGGCUGGACAACAUCAGGUCUGUUCUCGUCAUCAAUAAGAUAGACCGACUCAUCCUGGAGCUGAAGCUCUCCUCUCAGGAAGCUUACAUCCACCUGCAGAAGAUACUGGAACAGGUGAAUGCAGUGACAGGGACGUUGUUCACUUCCAAAGUGCUGGAGGAGCGAGCUGAGAAAGAGAGGGAAGAGGAGAGAGAGGGUGAGACGUCAAGUGGAGAUCAGGUGUAUGAUUGGAGCACUGGGCUGGAGGAGAGUGACGACUCCCGCCUCUACUUUUCUCCUGACCAGGGGAAUGUGGUCUUUGCCAGCGCCAUAGAUGGAUGGGGCUUCAGCAUCCAGCAGUUUGCCCAGAUCUACAGCCAGAGAAUGGGUAUUAAAGCAGAGGUGCUACUCAAAACCCUGUGGGGAGAUUUCUACCUCAAUGCAAAAGCAAAGAAGAUCAUGAAAGGAGCUCAGGCCAAAGGAAAGAAGCCACUGUUUGUGCAGCUUGUGCUGAAUAACAUUUGGAGUUUGUAUGAUGCAGUUGUCACUCGGAGAGACAAGGAGAAGGUGGAGAAGGUGGUGACAUCACUGGGGGUAAAGGUGAUGGCCAGGGACUCUUGUCACUCCGACCCUAAAGUCCUCUUGUCAGCCAUCUGCAGCCAGUGGUUACCUGUGUCCCAGGCUGUCCUUUCAAUGGUAUGUGAGAAGCUUCCCAGUCCAUUAGACAUAACAGCAGAGCGGGUGGAGAAACUGAUGAGUGUUGGAACACGACGAUUCGACUCAUUGCCUGAACAGACACAGGAACUGAAAAAAGUGUUUCUCCAGUGUUCAAGUGAGAAAACUGCCCCGGCCAUCGUCUUUGUGUCCAAGAUGUUUGCCGUAGACACCAAGGCCUUGCCUCAGAACAGACAGAGGCCAUUGACCCAAGAGGAGAUUGCCCAGCGCAGGGAGAUAGCAAGACAGAGACAUGCUGACAAGAUAGCAGUUGAUCACACAGCAUCAGAGAGCCCCAAAGACCUCAUCCACUCAGGGUGUGUGCCACAGGAGGGCCAACCUGAAAUACUCAGCACAGCUAAAAUGGAGAGUCUGACACUGAAAGAGUCAACGCCAGAGGAGGAAGAGGUGCAGAGGGAGACCUUUAUAGCAUUUGCCCGGGUCUACAGCGGUGUGGUCAAGAAAGGACAGAAAGUAUUUGUACUGGGGCCAAAGUAUGACCCUGCCCAGGGCCUGAGCAUGCUGCCAGGGGGUUGCAGUGCUUCCGACUGUGUGGUUGAGGUGCCUCAUCUGUCCUGCUGUUCCAUGGACCGCAUCUACCUGCUGAUGGGCAGAGAACUAGAAGAGCUGGAGGAGGUGCCUGCAGGAAAUAUCCUGGGUGUAGGAGGUCUGGAUGAGUGCGUCUUGAAGUCAGCCACCCUGUCAACUUCCCCCGCCUGCCCACCCUUCACCCCGCUCAGCUUUGAGGCAGCACCCAUUGUACGAGUUGCCAUAGAGCCCAAACAUCCAAGUGAAAUGCCAAAACUGGUGCGUGGGAUGCGUUUGUUGAAUCAGGCAGAUCCUUGUGCUGAGGUUCUGAUCCAGGAAACAGGAGAGCAUGUUUUGAUUACUGCUGGUGAGGUUCAUCUCCAACGCUGCCUGGACGACCUUCAAGACCGGUUUGCUAAAAUUGAGAUCAGCGUGUCCAAGCCCAUCAUUCCAUUCAGAGAAACAGUGGUACGUCCUCCAAAAGUGGAUAUGGUGAAUGAGGAGCUGGGCAAGCAGCAGAAAGUCGCCAUCAUUCACCAGGUGAAAGAAGAAGCCUCUCAGGGUCGCUCGUCUGACACCCUGCAUGUGGAUCCCAGUGGUCUGGUCACCCUCACCACUCCCAACCGACUGGGCACUGUCAGCGUACGGGCGAUCCCACUGCCACCGGAAGUGACCUGUGUGUUGGAAAGUAGCUCAGAGCUGAUUCGGACUCUGAACAUGUCUCUGAGGGAGAGAAAGAGUCUGGACAUCAGCCUCAGGACCCUGGAGGCCAUCGCUGGACUCAAGGCCAAGCUGGAGAGCCUGUUGCAGGGGAGGAAGUGGAGGAACACCGUGGAACGUAUCUGGGCCUUUGGUCCUCGCAGGUAUGGUCCCAACAUUUUGCUGAACAAUGUGGAGGGGUACCAGAGGCCCUCUGUGUGGCAGUGUCUGGACAGGGAAGACAAAGUCAUUGAUGCUGGACCUCAGGCUGCUGUUCUAAGAGAUUUUGACAACAGCAUUGUCAAUGGCUUCCAGCUAGCAACUCUGUCAGGGCCCAUGUGUGAGGAGCCCCUAAUGGGAGUUUGCUUCUCUAUGGAGAAGUGGGAUGUCCAGUCUUCAGCCCCACCAGAGAAUCAGGACUCCUUGGUGGAUGACUCUAUAUCCCAUGAAGCUUUAGCUGACAGCAAAUUGGAAGGGCAAAGUGAGACAUGUGCACACAUGAAGGGCACAGGAACAGGGCCAAGCCAGGUCAGACACAGGUCAGAGACUACCUUUGGAGAUUGUUACAAGCUGGUCUCUGGGCAGCUGAUCGCUGCCAUGAAGGAGGCUUGCCGUCAUGCCGUCCAGGCUCAGCCACAGAGACUCAUGGCUGCCAUGUAUACCUGUGAGAUCAUGGCCACCGCUGAGGUGCUGGGUCGAGUAUAUGGUGUACUGGGGAAGCGAGAGGGUCGCGUCCUCCAAGAAGAGAUGAAGGAAGGGACGGACAUGUUUAUCAUCAAGGCCGUUCUGCCUGUGGCUGAGAGCUUUGGAUUUGCCGAUGAGAUCCGCAAGAGGACCAGCGGGCUGGCUAGUCCACAGUUGGUCUUCAGCCACUGGGAGGUGAUUAGCAGUGAUCCAUACUGGGUUCCCACCACCGAGGAAGAGUACCUGCACUUUGGUGAGAAAGCUGACUCCGCCAACCAGGCCCUCAAAUACAUGAACGCUGUCCGUCGCCGCAAAGGCCUCUACGUGGAGGAGAAGAUAGUAGAACACGCAGAGAAGCAGAGGACACUCAGCAAGAACAAGUAGAAAAGAAACCACGCAGAAGACGCCGCUGAUAGCAACUCGUCCUGUCAGCCCGAGACACUGCUGACAUCCAUCUGUUUACCCAGGACUGCAGACAUUUAUAGACUCUGCUCUUCAUGAUUAUUAGCAGAGGGACUUGUCAUGGAAAAUUAAAUAAAUGUGUUGCAUUUGAACAUGAAUAUUGGUUUUCAUUUCUGCACAGAUAUGCUGUUGUACUUAAACCACCAUCACCAUCACCAUUAUCAAGGUAAAUGGUUUGCAUGCUUCCUGUGUCUUCAACAGCUCGUGUCAAAGUAUAUUUCAGUGAUUCUCACUUGGGUCUGCUUUUAGAGAAGAAGGAAUCAGAGAGUUUGAGAACAAUGUUAGUAAUCUUGAGUGGAAAUAUUUGAUUUUAAAAUAAAGUAAUUUUAUGAGGAAAAAGUCAUGAUAUUGU